GCUCGCCCCCGGCCAGGUUCGCGCCCGCUCAGCCCCGGCCGAGAAAAAUGGCUCGCGUCGCAGCACCAACAAGGGGCGGCGCAGUGGGGGGCGUCAGUGUGUGAGCACCCCCUGUCGGUGCUUCGAAGGUGUGCUCCCUUCCCCCGGUCGGUCGCCAGCCGGCCUCGGCGCAAGGGCGUCGCGCGUCAAGUAGUUUUCGAGCCUGGUGCGGCAUGUUGUUCUUUGGCCCGGUCAGGGGCCGCCGUUGUGUUGUUAUGCGCCGCACUUGGACGGCCCCUUGGGCCUUGGCAACGUUCGACGUAGCGCCUAUCGUAUUCACUAAUUUUGUUGUUGACCAAGAU